AUGUCGUGCUGCAAGAAGACCGCGGAAGGCGAAGUCGCCAAGGAGCGGCUGCCGAUGUUGCAAGUGGCAUUCCUGUGCCUCAUGGAAGGCUCCCACUUCUACACGGUUUGUUCUCUCUUCAGCUUCGCUGGCGUACUCAGCUCCGAUCUCGGAUGGGUGACGGACAAGAACGAGGCAGGCUUCGUGGCAGGCUGGCUGCAAUCCUCCAACGUCUGCGGACGUAUCCUCACCUCCACAGCUUGGGGCUUUGUCGCAGCACGCUACGGCCGUAAGAUGGUGCUGGCCAUCACCCUGGUGUCACUGCUCAUGGGUGGGUCUUUGUUCGGCUUCUGCACCAGCCUGCUCGUGGCCAUGAGUGUCCGCUUUGUCUUCUUUGGUGUGCUGAACGGCUGGCCGGUCUUGACAGGUCCAUGUGCGAUGGCAGUGGCUGGGCGAGAGCGUCAGACCGAAGUGCUCGGCAUGAUUUACGCAGCUUCCAGCGGCAUGCAGCUGAUGGGUCCGGCCAUCGGGGGUUGGACGUAUGGCCUCAUCGAGGACUUUCCGGCCCUGGCACCUAGUCUGAUUGGGUUGGGCUUUUCACUGCUUGCUGCGUUCUGCUUCAUCAUGGUGCACAAGAGCUUCUCCAAAGAAGUCAAGGAGACAGAACCAAAGCAGGAAGCUGAAGCGUCGUCAUCCAUAUCGUCCACAUCAGGGAAGUCCACGACAUCCGUGCUUUGCCACUGGCCCGUCCUGUUGAUCAUCUCGAUGCGCUUUGCCAGUGGACUUGCCAUUUUCGCCAUGUACGAGGUCGUGCCCUUGUGGCUUAUUGCCGAUCCUGAAGUGGGAGGCCUCUCGAUGACCGAGAAGUCUGUGGGCACCUUCUUGAGCCGAUCUGGCAUAUGGAACAUCAUCUAUUUCAUUUGGAUCUGUCCAAGGUGCACAAAGAUGUUCGGACUUCGCAAAUUCUCCGUCUUGACAAGUGUCAUCGCAGUGGUCAGCGUUGCUCUCAUGCCCUUCUCCCCCCACGUCAUAGUGGCGAAUGUGCUGCAUCUCAUGUGUGCCUCUGCGAUGGUAUCUCAAAUUUUGGUGAACAACGCAUUCACCAACAACGUGGCAGAGCCUGACGAAGUUGUCGUGGCCAACGGUUUUGCAGUGACCGCAGAGACUGUCGGGAAGGCCUCGGGGCCCGCUGUCUUCUCCUCCAUCUUUGCGUGGUCUCUGAAAUGGGGAUGGGGCGGACAUUGCUUUGCGUUUAGCCUCCUAGCCGGGCUCUCCUUGGUGCAGAUCAUUGGCGUCCUCUGCCUCCCGAGCUAUGUGGCGCAUGGCCGGAUUCCGGCAAGAGAGGUCCACAAGGAGUUGCCAUCCGAGUGUAGCAGCGAAGACGGCAGCAAAACUGCAGUGUAA